UUUGCCCUAAUUUUCCAUUUUGCGCCAUCGUCGUCCCCAACUCCACCUUUGUUGGAAGCGUUGGAACCCUAAUGAGCGGAGAACAACCCUAGAAACCCUAGUCGCACCCCUACAUACACGUACACGCAAUGCGUCCCUCCGCCGCACGCCGCGCCCUGUUGCUCGCUCGCAGAUCCCUCCAGUCGAGCCAGUCCCCAAUCCACCCCUUGGGAAAUGAAUCGUCGCGCGUCUUCUCGUCGGGGAUUUGCAGCUCCUCUCGCGGAUUCGUCGAUGGGAAUCGCAGCAAAGUGCAAUGGAGUAAUGGGAUUGCAAAGGAAGGGUUCUGCUUCUCAAAAAGGUCGUUUCAUGGAAGUAGGCCAUUGUCUGCUAGAGAUUACUAUGAUGUUCUUGGAGUGAACAAAAAUGCGAGUCCUGCGGAGAUUAAGAAAGCUUAUUACGAGCUUGCGAAGAAGCUUCAUCCUGAUACAAACAAAGGUGACGCUGAUGCUGAAAGGAAGUUCCAAGAAGUCCAGCGAGCUUAUGAGACAUUGAAGGAUGAGCAGAAACGUUCUUUCUAUGACCAGGUUGGUGCUGAUCAAUAUGAAAAAGCUGCUUCAGGAGGUGGAGCAGGCCCAGGCGGACCAUUUGAGGGUGGAUUUAGCAAUCCUUUCGAGGACUUCUUUGGCGGCGGCGGCGGAAUGAACGAUUUCUUCAAAAACAUAUUCAGAGACAGAGAAUUUGGUGGACAAGAUGUUAAGGUCUCUGUUGAAAUAUCAUUCAUGGAAGCAGUUCAAGGGUGCACGAAAACUGUGAACUUUCAGACUUAUGUACCCUGCGAAUCUUGUGGUGGGACUGGUGUACCUCCUGGAACGAAACCUGAAACUUGUAGGGCUUGUAGGGGUGCAGGAUCGAUAUUCAUCCAAACUGGGCCCUUCAGGAUGCAGAGCACGUGCUCCCAAUGUGGGGGUUCAGGGAAAACUGUCAAAGAUUUCUGUAAGUCAUGUAGAGGGCGGAAGGUUGUGCAGGGACUAAAAUCUAUCAAGCUGGAUGUGAUGCCUGGAAUGGAUGAUAAUGAUACUUUGAAGAUUCCUAGAUGUGGUGGAGCAGAUCCAGAGGGCAAUCAGCCUGGCGAUCUUUAUGUUACUCUCAAGGUUCGGGAGGACCCUGUUUUCCGGAGAGACAAAGCUGAUAUCCAUGUCGAUGCUGUCUUGAGUAUCACCCAGGCAAUUUUGGGAGGAACUGUUCAGGUUCCAACACUUUCAGGGGAUGUUGUUCUUAAGGUUAAGCCUGGUACUCAACCUGGUCAAAAGGUUGUUCUUAGGGGGAAAGGAAUAAAGACACGAAACUCUUCGAUCUACGGAGACCAAUAUGUUCAUUUUAAUGUCCAUAUUCCAGUAAAUUUGACCCAGCGGCAGCGCAUGCUAAUCGAAGAGUUCGCAAAAGAGGAGCAAGCAGAUUCAGAUAAGGGUGCCACGGCUGCUGGAGCAUCAGGAUAGUUAAUCAUACGAGAGCUACACAACUUAAAAGGAGCAUAAGAAGCGAGAAUUCCGCAUUCAACAAAUCCAUAUUAUUUCAAGUAUAAACCUUAGAAUAGAUGAUGGAGAAAUUUUUUUUUUCAAGAAAGAUAGGGCUUGUUUGAGUUCAAGUUUUGUAUUCUAGUCACCCAAUAACCACAUAUAAGACGCGGACGAAAGCUUUUGCGAGAACGAUUAUUUAUAUAUAUAUAUAUAUGUAUGAGGGUUCCUAAUGGAGUAGGAAUUUGUACAUAUAUCCCAAUAUUUAGCCUCAUUGUAUUGAUUGAAGGAUGCAGAUUAAGGGGAUAGCAAAAAAUGGCCUGCCUUGUUAAGUGUUUAAUCAUUUCUUCUGCAGUUUUGCAUGGAUAUUUUGGAGGGUGAUGCUGUUGUAGUUUAUUUAUUUAUUUAUUUUAAAUAUCAUGAGAUCUAUUA